GCGAAGGUGAGCGAUAGUAACAUUUUCACCACUCAUCAGCAAGGAUAACUAUUAGAAAGCAUAUCCAACUAAAGGGUUAGAAGAUACAGAAGGAUUCUACUCGGAAUACGAAAUGGUUAAUGUGAAAGCAAGUUUUUUCGUGGCAGUUUGCUUGUGCCUCAGUGUAUGUGCAUCGAUGCCUUCCUACGACGAAGACUUGGUGGAUAUGGAUAAUGAACAAUACAUACGACAGUUAGCGGAGUGGUUGGCUGGUUCUGACACAAGCGAGCUCAGUGAAAUGCACAGCCUACCGGCUUGUCGUGCGUGCUUUUAUCAUCUCCAUAACCCAUAUGUAACCGUGGUCUCUAAUAAACGGUAUGGAAAACGAAACUCGGAGCUCAUCAACUCCUUGCUGAGCUUACCAAAGAAGUUGAACGACGCAGGAAAGUAAAUGAGCAACAUCAAGACUGCUGUUAUACCAUUGAUGCUUCGUGUCUCCAAGUACUGUUCAAGCGCUGGUGCAAUAUGAUUUAGCCACACCAACAACACAACGAAUGCCACUGACAUAUUUUUCGUUCAUACGCUUCCUUCUGCUGUGAGAACAUCAAAAACAGAACAACAAGUAAAUCCAUAUUGAUGCAACAAACCAAAUGUUUGAGAAACAAUAAAAAACGAUAGUUUUGAGUGUAAAAAGUAAAUCUUUACUAUGGCUAAGUUGUUACUCAAUGUUGCAUCCACUGACUGUAAACGAAAAUAAAUUUGAACUAGGUUUAUAAAA